CAUGCAGCACACGUGGGUGCUAUGGCUUUAGACUGAGGACAUGAACACACCUUUAACUGAGCGGGAGAUCCGAAACAGUAUUCAGGAGCUUCGUCUCAAAAUUAUGUCACAAGGAGACCACAGAGACGAGGAUGUCCGUUGGUUGGAAGAACUAACCCGGAAUCUGAAGGGACUUCAUUCCACAAAAACAGCAAAAUCCCUUGAUAACAGUGUGCAGAAUCCCGACCGCAGAAAGACCGUAGAGAGGAGGAAAGACCUGCUGGACCAGCUAAGAAAGGAGUUAGAUGAACACAUCAAAGGGGGUAGAAUAAGUUUGGAGAGGAUGCAGGAGAAGGUGGAUACAAUCCUGAAGCUUAAAGAGGUCCUGAAAGAGGAGAAACAGGGGGACAGACAGAAGGAGAGCAGUGAGACAUCUGAUAACACAGAACAGAACUGGUGCGAGGCAGAGUACAGCAUAGCUCAGGAGCGCAGAAUGAAGAUCAAGGAGGAUCAUAGGAGAGUCAUAAAGGAGGAGGUGGAGAAGAUGGAGAGAGAACUGGGCCAGGAGCAGGCUGAGGGCCCCCAGAGGGAGCUGCAGGUCCUGCUCAGAGAGAGACAGAUCCUUGCUCUACAGAUGGAAGCAUUGCGCACAGAGGCCCUGGAGGCCGAGAGAGACCUGGAGACCCAGUACCUCGGACAUCAGCAUGAGAUGCAGUCUCUUAGGGAGGAGAGCCUUCAGGUGUUCAGGGUGUUCCGCCAGGUGAGUGAGGAGCAGAGGAGGACUUCAGAAGACAGGUACAGGACUCUACUUCUAGAGGCCAUACACGACGCAGUCCACAUGUCUGAUCAGAACCAACAGUUAAAGGCAGAAAACAAACACCUCCGCAAAGCACUAGCUGAGAUAAAGGACAACCUGUGCAUACACAGUGACCUCAAUGGACAGGGGGUAUCCCAACAACUGUAAGAGAAAAUUAAUAUAAUUGAUUUAUCUCAUUAAUGUACAGGGUGGCAUAAUACUGAGGGCAGACCUGAUGACAUAAGCAAUGAAACAGAAAUAUUUCACUUUAUUUCAGAAUUUAUUGA